GCCCCCCACGAUUUCUGUAGGACCGUCGGCCAAGUUCCGAAGUCCUUGAGUAAACACGCUGCCGUCCUUUGUCAACGGUCCCAUCCCGUCCCGUUGUAAGUCGGUGCACAAUGUGGUGGAACAGAGUCGCGUUGCGGAGACUCCAGCGGACUGGGGUGGAGGUAGCUGUCGCAGGAAUUCAGCGGGAGAUGUCCUCGUUACCGCGGGUGUACGUUACUCGCAAGGUGCCCCCAGACGGACUGCAGAUUCUUCGGAAGUCUGGCCAAGUGCAACUGGAGCUGUGGGAUUCUGACGACCCCGUUCCCCGCCGUGAAUUGCUUAAGAAGGUCAAAGGCUGUGAUGGCCUGCUCUGCGUUCUGACGGAGAAGAUCGACGCUGAAGUAUUAGACGCCGCAGGUCCAACUUUGAAGGUGCUCAGUACCAUGUCAGUGGGGUUUGACCAUCUCUCACUGGAUGAGCUGAAGAAACGGAGGAUCCGCGUAGGUUACACUCCCGAGGUGCUGACCGACGCGGUGGCGGAGCUGACCGUUGCCCUGCUGCUCGCUACGUCGCGAAGAUUAAUUGAGGCUGCGCACGAAGCCAAAACCGGGGGCUGGGGAACCUGGAGGACCCAGUGGCUGUGUGGGUACGAGCUGGCCAACAGUACAGUUGGCAUCCUCGGACUUGGAAGGAUCGGAGUGGCCAUAGCGGAGCGUCUAAAGCCCUUUAAGGUGAAAAGGUUCAUCUAUACAGAUGUUGAACCAAGGCCAGAGCUAGCAGAGAUGAUUCAGGCAGAAUAUGUUUCCAUGGACGACCUGGCAAGGCAGUCGGACUUCCUGGCGGCAUGCUGUGCCCUGACUCCAGAGACUCAGAGCAUUUGCAACAAGAACCUUUUCUCCAACAUGAAGAAGACGUCCAUCUUCAUCAACACCAGCAGGGGAGGAGUGGUAAACCAGGAGGAUCUGUAUGAAGCUUUGGCCACAGGGGAGAUUGCUGGGGCUGGACUAGAUGUCACCACUCCAGAGCCACUGCCUACCAACCAUCCCCUCUUCACACUCAAAAACUGUGUGAUCCUACCCCACAUUGCAAGUGCCUCCUACACUACACGGAACGCCAUGUCUGCUCUUGCGGCCAAUAACCUGCUUGCUGGACUCCGAGGAGAUCGCAUGCUGAAAGAACUUCACCUAUAGAGUCUACGCCCUAGAAAUGAUGCCUUAUUCACAGACAUGCAUGAACCCAUACUGAAUUCCUGUGUCGUUAAGCCAUCCCACUUGAACGGACCUGUGAGCUAACUAUGCUGAGAAAGCUACAGUGAACACGGUUUGUUAGCAUUCACUACUGAACCGUGGUCCUGUGGGAAUGCGAUUGGAACAGUUACUGUCUGUAUUCCGAACUGUUUGGCAAAGUGGGAAAGAGGCUAUUGUACUGAAAAUAAAUUAAAAAAUAAAUAGUAACAUGCCUUUGUCAGUACACAGAGCAUAAGGGCAAAGUCAGAGAUCACUGAUCUACACUGAACAACUUAAAGCCCAUCUAUACUACAGACGUGAAAACCUUUAACUUGUGGAAAAUGCAAAAAUGUAUGUGGCAAGUCUUAACAUUGAUGCACAUUAAGAUUGCUGAGAAUAUAACAUUGUCUUUUCAAGACUCAUCAGUUUCAUUAAAGAGAUCUUUCUUUUCUUU